GCACUAUUGUUAUUUAUAUAUGACUUCUUUUCGAAAAAAUAUUAUUAGUGGAUUCGAUCUCAAGGCAAUAGUUAUAAUCUUCGCUCUAACAAACACACAUAUAUAACAAUAAAUAGAAAUGGAGGAACAACGAACUGACAGAAUCUAUGGAGGAUGUGAAGGACCUGAUGCUAUGUACGUAAAAUUAAUAUCAUCAGAUGGCCAAGAAUUCAUUGUAAAACGAGAGCAUGCUCUGACCUCUGGCACCAUAAAGGCUAUGCUAUCGGGUCCUGGACAGUUUGCCGAGAAUGAAGCAAAUGAAGUACAUUUCAGAGAAAUUCCAUCUCACGUCCUCCAAAAGGUUUGCAUGUACUUUACAUAUAAGGUGCGUUAUACCAACAGUUCUACUGAAAUUCCCGAGUUCCCGAUAGCACCCGAAAUAGCGUUGGAGUUGUUGAUGGCAGCAAAUUUCUUAGAUUGUUGAAUAAUAGAUGCAAAAUACAUAUAUAUAAACUUUUUUAGUUGAAAUGUUCUGAUAAAUACUGUUUACUAUUUCUAACUGACUUCUUAUGCGUGAAAAAAUGAAAGAAUAAUAAAUUUUGUCUGGAGAAAAUAUA